AUGGGUUCAAGUUCAGCAGUUUCUACAAUUGUUCAGAGCUGGAGAGAGCAUCCUCCGUCUUCUUAUUCCCUCAAGAUUCACAACUUCUCACAACUUGAGAAUUCGACUUCUUCUUCUGAUCAUAAAUACCAAUCUCGUCUUUUCUCCUCUGGUGACCCAAAAGGGAACGAAAAGGAUAAUGGGAGUGGAUUUAUUUCCAUGUACGUGGAAAUAGAUAGCAAAAACUUGAUGAUAUUCACACCACCAAUUGAUGUGUUUGCGGAACUCCGUUUCUUUGAAGUAAAGCGUUUUAAUGCACUUAAAACGGUAAGGGGGUUGGCGCAAAGAGACCAAUGUGAGUUUGGUGUUGAUGUCAUCGUUUCUCCACCACUUACCAAUUGGGAAGUCCUAUCUUUUAAUGAGAAGCUCCCUCAUCCCAAUCAGUUCUCUUGGGCUGUUAAGAAUUUUUCUGAGUUGAAAGAGGACAAACACACAUCAAACAGUUUUUCAAUGGGAAGAAAGAAAUGGGUUCUAUAUCUGUAUCCGAAGGGUGACUCUAGGGUAAAUGGCAAAUGGUUAUCAGUUUUUCUGUCUUUAGCUGAUAGUGAUAAACCGAAAGCAGAUGAGAAGAUUUUCACGCAAGCACAUGUGCGAGUUGUAGACCCACAUGGAUCGAAUCACUUUGCACGCAAAUUGCACCAAUGGUACAAUGAAUCAAACGUGGGUUGAGGUUAUAGUCAGUUUUUCUUAACUGAACUUCUGAAGCUUUACUUGGAUAAGGAAGACAUAUUGAAUGUUGAGAUCGAAUUCGAAGUUGUCUCUGCGACCAAACACUCUCAUGUUAUCUAA